CACACUGUUCAUUGCUGAAAGUUUCGCGAACGUUGCAAAACGGGAAAACCAAACUAAUCCACCCGCGUUCAAAAUGAGCUCCAAGUCCUUAUUCGACAGCGAGGAAGAUGCCGCUCAGGCCAACAAAUUGGCCAGGAAAGCCAAGGAAUCACCCUUUAUGCUAGUGGGUAUUGGCGGAUUCGUAGCCGCCGGUUUAAUUGGAGCGUACAAGUACCGCAACCGUGGAACGAUGAGCACCAGUGUGUUCCUGAUGCAGUUGCGUGUGGCCGCCCAGGGAACUGUAGUCGGUUGUCUGACCAUCGGAUUGGCCUACAGCAUGGCCAAGGAGUACCUAUUCGACAAGGCGCCCAAGGAAAAUACAAAAUCACUGACUAACUAAAGAUCAUCUGAUUGUACGGCCUCCCUCUCUGAAAUUCACUCACCAACACAAAUCGGGAUGAAAUCGGCUAGCGCACUUACACCUAAGCAAUUAGUAACUAUUUAUUGCAUCAUUCAUACCGAUCAAGAGGGUUAGGAUCACUGGAGGGCUGGACUCUUGAAAGUAUUCACGAGAUUUUAAGCCCCCAAGAAUUAGAUAAUGUUUUGUAUACCUGCGUAAGAUUGUGAUAUUGUGUGUGUUUAAUUGUACAAGUUGGACAUCCAAACGAAAUAUGUUGAAUGCAGACAACAAGUUUAUGAAUACCUCUCGCAUGAUAUGAUAUAGUUAAAUAAAACAAUUUAAACUAAAACGAAA